AUGGCUCAAACACAACGAUCAAUGGAAUCCCGCGUUGGCCGCAAGAACCAACGCUAUGGCCUCAAAGGCGAACGUCUGGUCGCAGGUGUCGUUCCCCUCUCCGACGAUGGGACCAAAGUCCUCAUGAUCCAAUCUGCUGGACCCGGAGGCUGGGUGCUCCCCAAGGGUGGAUGGGAAUCGGAUGAGCCUCGCGCCGAGGAUGCUGCCUGCCGCGAAGCGUGGGAGGAGGGUGGGAUCAUCUGUUCCGUCAAGCGUGACUUGGGACUAAUCCCCGAUGGCCGUCCUGCCAACCUGCAAACUGAAAAUGCGCCCAAGGCUUCUUAUCACUUUUUUGAAGUCCGAGUCGAUAAGGAGGAGACCGAAUGGCCCGAGAUGCACAAGCGCAAGCGUCAAUGGGUCGGCUACGCCCAGGCCGCCACUGCUCUGGCAAACCGCCCUGAGCUGCUGGAGGCUCUCAACCGCAGCUCCCUGAAGCGGUAG